AUGAGCAGCCCCGAUGCUGGAUACGCCAGUAGCGACGACCAGGCGCCAGGACGGUCCUCCCUCCCUCCCCUCAUGAUGCAGUGUCAGUGGGCAGAGUCGCUGAGCCCCUUAACCGACGGCAAAGGCGAAGCGGCGGCCGACCAAGUACAGCAGGGAGCCUCGGGCCGGGCCAAAGGGGAGGCUCGCAUUCGCCGCCCCAUGAACGCUUUCAUGGUCUGGGCCAAGGACGAACGCAAGCGGCUGGCCCAGCAGAACCCGGAUCUGCACAACGCGGAGCUUAGCAAGAUGCUGGGGCAGUCGUGGCGGGCGCUGACCCAGGAGGAGAAGCGCCCCUUCGUAGAGGAGGCGGAGCGGCUGCGGCUGCAGCACAUGCGGGACCACCCCCACUACAAGUAUCGGCCGCGGCGGAGGAAGCAAGUCAAGCGCCUGAAGCGCAACGACGGCGCAGUGGACGGUGGGAGCGGCUUCCUCCCCGUUCAGCAUCACCAGCUGGGCCUAGCCGGAGAGGCGGGAAACGGAGGCAGCUGCGAGGCGCUCGGCCUUUCUUACGCAGAGCAGCCCAGUUACGCCGGCGGGAGCUUCCAUUACCGGGACUGCGCGCCGCUCCCGCUGCCGGCCUUGGGCACCCAUUUUGGAAACUACAGCCUGCCUACGCCGGAGCCCGAAUCCCAGGGGGGCGCCUGCGCAGAGCCUGUCUUUUUCCCGCCGCCCCACCCGGAGGACGGCGGCUGCCUGCUGGGCCCCUACGGCUACCCGACGCCGCCUGGCUCCGAGUAUCCCUGCAACGGCGUCCCUGCCAGCGGCCACGGCAAUAACGGCGGUAGUCCCAGUGUGGGCAUCGGCCUUUUCCGUAGUCGCUUCCCGGUGCCUUUGGCCUCCUACCCUUCCUCGCCCGCCCCGGACCACGCGCAGCAACAACAACCCCGUCGCCGAGGGGAGGCCGCCGCCGGGCUCGAGCAGCUGCCCCCUCACGACGUGGACUUGCUGGCGGAUGUGGAUCGCGCCGAGUUUGAGCAGUACCUGCCCUUCGCCUGCCGCCCGGGCGACCUGGGGCUCCCCUACGCGAGCCACGAAGGCCCGGAGGCUAACGCCGCUGCCUAUUACUGCGCGGCCGCGGGCGGGGCCGGAACGUAUCCCGAGUUGUGA